AUGACCCUAUUGAACCUUUCCAUGGAAGAGCUUCUCUACCUUUUACGAAACAACUACGACAUUAUGCUGCUUAUUAUUGCUGUCUUCUCAAUAGCAGUAACAUAUGUUGUCUCUAAACCUCGGAGAAGAGUCGACCUAAGAGAUGAAGCAAAUGCUGCAGCAGCAGGACGAGGAGGAGGAGGCGGCAAUAUCCCAGGUCACCUUGGAAUACCUUUCAUAGGUGAAACCUUUUCGUUUCUUAAGGCAACAAACAGUACAAAAGGAUGCUAUGAUUUCAUAAGGCUCCGGCGAUCAUGGUAUGGAAAGUGCUUCAAGACAAGGAUAUUUGGCAAGAUCCAUGUGUUUGUUCCAAGUCCAGAGGGUGCAAAACAGAUAUUCACAAAUGAUUUUGUAGAUUUCAACAAGGGUUACGUUAAAUCAAUGGCGGAUGCCGUUGGAGAGAAGAGCUUGCUUUGUGUACCUCACGAAAGCCACAAAAGGAUUAGGAGACUUCUUUCUGAUCCAUUCUCCAUGCCUUCACUGUCUAAGUUUGUUCAGAAAUUCGACCACAUGCUUACACAGAAGCUGAAGAAAUUAGAAGAAAGUGGUGAAAGAUUUUCAAUCCUUCAGUUCAGCAUGAAGAUGAUAUUUGAUGCAAUGUGCAAUAUGUUAGUAAGUAUCACAGAGGAUUCCUUAUUACGAGUGAUAGAAAAAGACUGCACCGCUGUUUCAGACGCCAUGUUAUCCUUUCCUCUAAUGAUUCCUGGCGCCAGAUACUAUAAUGGCAUUAAGGCUCGUCAAAGGCUCAUGGAAGCCUUCAGAGGGAUGAUUGCAGAUAGAAGAAGUGGAAUGAAGACUCAUGAUGACUUCCUGCAGUCCAUGUUACAGAGAGAUUCAUAUCCAACUAUUGAAAAGCUUGACGACUCAGAGAUCAUGGAUAACCUAUUAACGUUGAUAAUUGCAGGGCAGACCACCACUGCAGCUGCUAUGAUGUGGAGUGUCAAGUACCUGGAUGAGAAUAGAGAAGCCCAGCACACGCUCAGGGAAGAGCAAUUGUCCAUAGCCAAAAAUAAGCUAGAUGGAGCCUCACUUACCCUUGAAGAUCUUAACAAAAUGUCCUAUGGCUUAAAGGUUGUCAAAGAAACAUUGAGAAUGUCGAAUGUCCUGUUAUGGUUUCCUCGAGUUGCACUAAAUGAUUGCAUAAUUGAUGGUUUUCAGAUACAGAAAGGAUGGCAUGUAAACAUCGAUGCAACAUGUAUGCAUUUCGACCCAGCAUUGUACAAGGAUCCUAUGCAAUUCGACCCUUCAAGAUUUGAUGAAAUGCAAAAACCAUACAGUUUUAUACCUUUUGGAUCAGGACCUAGGACUUGCCUGGGAAUGAACAUGGCCAAACUGACAUUGUUGGCGUUUCUUCAUCGGCUAACUGGCAGCUACAAGUGGACAAUUCAUGAUCAUGAUCCUAGCCUAGAAAAGAAGGCCCAUAUUCCUAGACUGAGGAGUGGCUGUCCCAUAACUUUGAAGGCCUUAAGUGAUGGAAAAUGA